AUGAGCAGAGCAGAGCAGAGCAGAGCAGCCGGCCAGCUUCCUUCCACAAUGGCCGCGGAGACUCCUCCAACGCAACACCGCUCCUCUUGCUCUUCUUCAUCUUGCUACCUGCACCGGCGGCUUCCUCUUCUUCAUCUUGCUCUGCUGCACAUCAUCUUCUUCUUCUUCUUGUGCUCCUCCUUCCCCGCCGUCUCACGAGCUCAGAUGCCUGGCUUCCUCAGCAUCGACUGCGGCGGCGGCGCCAACUACACGGACGCCCGGGGCCUGCGCUGGACCUCCGACGCCGCCCUCAUCGCCACUGGCACACCCAUCUCAACCCUCAACACCUCCACCUCCACCUCCACCCAAGAACAAGAACAGGAGACGCAGUACACCACCCUGCGCGCCUUCCCGUCCGACGGCGCCAAGCACUGCUACGCGCUCCCCGUCGCCACCCGCGCGCGCUACCUGCUGCGGGCCACCUUCCUCUACGCUGGCUUCGACGGCGACGACGCCUUCCCGGAGUUCGACCUCUACCUCGGCGCCACCCGCUGGUCCCCCAUCGUCGUCUACGACGGCGCACGCCUCGUCACAAGGGAAGCCGUCGUCUUGGCCCAGUCUGCAAGCAUCUCCGUCUGCCUCUCCAACGCCACCACGGGGCGGCCGUUUAUAUCCACCCUAGAGCUCCGGCCGCUCAACGGGUCGCUGUACCGCACCGACGCCGAGGCCCGCGCCUUCCUCGCCCUCGCCGCCCGCAUCAACUUCGGCGCCCCCUCGCCAGAUCCGGUCAGGUAUCCUGAUGAUCCAUACGACCGGAUAUGGGAGUCGGACAUGGUACGGCGGGCCAACUACCUGGUCGACGCGGCACCCGGCACCGUCAACGUGUCCACCGACAAGCCGGUGUUCGUCGCCACGAGCGAGAGGCCGCCGGAGAAGGUGAUGCAGACCGCUGUUGUAGGCACCCUCGGAGAGCUCACCUACCGGCUCAACCUCAACGGCUUCCCGGGCGAUGGCUGGGCCUUCUCCUACUUUGCCGAGAUCGAGGAGUCCGUCGUCCCCGAGACGCGCAAGUUCAAGCUCUUCAUCCCUGGCCUGCCCGAUGUUAGCAAGGCCACCGUUGAUGUCGGUGAGAAUGCUCCUGGGAAGUUACGGCUCUACCAGCCAGGCUACUACAACGUGUCACUCCCCUUCGUGUUGUCAUUCGCGUUCAGAAAGACCAACGACUCAUCCAGGGGACCAAUUCUCAACGCAUUCGAGAUCUACAAGUAUGUUGCGAUCGAGCCCGGGUCCCCGGACGCACUUGCCAUGGCGAGCCUCGCGUCGCGGUACUCAUCCUUCGGUGAUUGGGCCAACGAGGGCGGCGAUCCCUGCUGGCCCUCGCCGUGGUCCUGGGUCAGAUGCUCCUCAGAACCACAACUUAGGGUAGUUUCAAUAAAUCUUUCAGGGAAGAACUUGACAGGGAGCAUACCUCCGGAACUAGUGGCUUUAUCAUUCUUAGCAGAAAUCCGACUUGAUGAUAACAUGCUGACGGGCCCGAUUCCAGACCUUGCCGCCUCUUCGAACCUCUCAAUCAUUCACUUUGAGAACAACCAGCUUACUGGCAGCGUGCCUUCAUAUCUGAGCAGCUUGCCCAAGCUCACUGAGCUCUAUCUUCAGAAUAACAAGCUGUCUGGUUAUAUCCCCAAGGCUCUGAAAAGCAGAGGCAUUGUUUUCAGCUAUGCUGGCAAUAUGGACCUGAAGGCAGGGAAUCAAGAGAAGCACCACCUGAUAAUCAUCAUAUCUGCGCUGCUUGGAGUAUCCUUGCUGCUUGCAGUUUCCCUCUGUUGCUACGUGCUGACACGCAAAGCCAACAAGAAAAACUCACCACCAGAAGAUGACCUUACCAAGGCGCCCCCGCCCGCGCACAAGCUGCAGAAGUCAGACGCGCCGUCGUGCGAAAUCGCCACCGAGACCUGCCAUCCCUUCAGAUUAUGCGACCUCGAAGAGGCGACCAAGAAUUUUGAGAACAGGAUUGGCUCUGGAGGUUUCGGGAUAGUGUACUAUGGGAAGCUGCCGGACGGAAGGGAGAUCGCGGUGAAGGUGCCGACGAACGACUCGUACCAGGGGAAAAAGCAGUUCACGAACGAGGUAUCCUUGCUGUCGAGGAUACACCACAGGAACCUGGUGGCGUUUCUGGGGUACUGCCAUGAAGACGGGAGGAACAUCCUGGUCUACGAGUUCAUGAUGAAUGGGACUCUGAAAGAGCAUCUCCAUGGGCGUGACAAGCACAUCAGCUGGAUUCAGCGACUUGAGAUUGCAGAGGAUUCAGCAAAAGGGAUCGAGUACCUGCACAGCGGAUGCACGCCGUCGAUCAUCCACCGGGACAUCAAGACGAGCAACAUCCUGCUGGACAAGCAGAUGCGGGCCAAGGUGUCGGACUUUGGGCUGUCGAAGCUGGUCGCAGAGGAAUCACACGCGUCCACCAACGUCCGUGGCACGCUUGGCUACCUGGAUCCACAGUACUACAUCUCUCAGCAGCUGACGGAGAAGAGCGACGUGUACAGCUUCGGGAUCAUCCUGCUGGAGCUCAUCUCGGGGCGGCCGCCCAUCUCGGCCAUGACCUUCGGCGACCACUUCCGCAACAUCGGCCCAUGGGCCAAGUUCUACUACGAGAGCGGUGACAUCGAGGCGGUGGUGGACCCGGCCAUCUCCGGGAAGUACCGGGACGUGCACUCGGUGUGGAAGGUGGCGGAGACGGCGGUGCGGUGCAUCGACGCGGACGCGAGGCGGCGCCCCUGCAUGGCGGAGGUGGUGAAGGAGGUGCAGGAGGCGAUGGCGCUGGAGCGGCCACCCAGCGAGGCGUUGGCGUUGGAGCGGAGGGCGUCGUUCCCGUUCUCGCCGGCAGGGGCGCGGUCGGGGACGGUGCGGUCCCACGACAUGAUCAUGGACAACCUGAUGCGCGAGGACGACGAGUCGUCUUCAUUCCCCAACACCCUCCGCCACCCCGAGCUGCGCUGA